AUGACGGAUCUCUUCCGCGAGCCGUUUCCCAACUCCACCUGGCUUUUACCCAGACAAGACUCCACCAGAGUAUUCGAUGACGCCACUACUCUGCACUUCAGAGACGCCCACAACUACAUUCACUACUUGCUCUAUCUUCCAUACCGGUGCCGAAACUACGAAAAGUUCUUCUUUAGAGAUGAGAAUCAGAAACGUAUCGAAUCGGUUCCCUGGCUGAUCUUGCAUUCGGAUCAGUACUUCCUCCCCUAUCUCUUCCUGAUGCCGUGUUUCAGACCAGAACUGGACAGACUAUUCCCCAACAGGGAGACCGUUUUUCAUCAAUUGGGGAGAUACCUCUUCAGCCCGUCGCACCAAGCUUGGGGUUUCAUCUCCACAUUCUACGAAACGUUUCUAUCCAAAGCCGAUGAGAGAAUCGGGAUUCAGAUUAGGGUGUUCAAUGAUUCAAGAGGAAAGCCAACUCCUUUGGUGAUGCAGCAUGUUUUAUCGUGCAUCCGAAAACAGGGGAUCUUGAAUCGGACCGGAAACAGGGCAGUUUUGGUUGCUUCGUUGUCGGGUGAUUUUUACAGAGAGUUGAAGGUUAAUGCGACUGGGGUCGGGGUUUAUCAGGCGAGUCAGGAAGAGAGUCAGCGGCUUGGGGAUGCGUCGCACAAUAUGAAGGCGUGGGUUGAUAUGUAUCUGCUGAGCAUGUGCGAUGUAUUGUUGACGAGCGCUUGGUCGACUUUUGGGUAUGUAGCUCAUGGGCUUGGCGGGGUGAAGCCGUGGAUUUUGCAGAUCCCGGAUAUUGGCGGCGCCGGCGACGGCGGAGAAGCAGAGUGUCGGAGAGCAGUUUCGGCGGAGCCGUGUUUCCAUAAUCCUCCUGAUUUCGAUUGUCCUGAAGGUUUUGUUUCGCCUGUGGUGCGUUGUGAAGAUGUGGGUAAGGGAAUGAAGCUUGUAAAUCAGCAUUAUAGUUAG